UUUUUUUUUACAAGUUUUUGAUCAUUUCCAUACAUUCUACAUUCAUUCAUUUUGUCACACAAACUUAAUAUUUUUGGCAAGUUUUUGAACAUUUUUCAUACAUUCCAUAUUCAUUCUGUCACAUAAGCUUCAAAUUUUUAGCAAGUUUUUGUACAUUUUCUUGGUUUCCAAUUUUGAGUUGUGAUUGAAUCUCUAGAUCACCACUUAUCAAAUUUGCCAAAAAUUCACAUUUUGUAACUUCGGCAUGAUUUUAAGAGUUGACCAGAAUAUAUAGUAGUUUUUGAAUCUGAAUUAAUAUACAUAUAUAUUAAUUGGAUUAGAUAGAGUAUAAUAAAGAUGAUGCGAGUAAGGACUAGAGCAACAGAGAUGACUUCAACGGACGGGAACUCCGGCGCCGGUGCCGGUGCCGGUGCCGGAGGAGUGGAUAUAUGGGAAGUCCGGCCUGGUGGAAUGCUGGUCCAAAAACGUGACCCGGAUGCCGAAACUCACCGUAUUCCUCCACCAACUAUACGAGUUCGGGUCAAACAUGGGUCAAUUUACCAUGAAAUCAAUAUCAACUCACAAGCUACAUUUGGCGAGUUGAAAAAGAUGUUAACCGGGCCAACAGGAUUACACCAUGAAGACCAAAAGCUGAUGUACAAGGAUAAGGCGAGGGAUUCGAAAUCGUAUCUUGAUGUUGCGGGUGUCAAAGAUAGAUCAAAAAUGGUGGUUAUGGAAGAUCCAAUUAGCCAAGAGAAAAGAUUAGUGGAAAUGAGAAAGAAUGCAAAGAUGGAGAAAGCUGCUAAAUCGAUUUCUGAUGUUAGUUUUGAGGUUGAUCGCCUUGCUGGUCAGGUGUCUGCGAUCGAAUCUGUUAUUUCUAAAGGAGGGAAAGUAGCAGAGAAGACUCUGCUGACUGUGACCGAGUUAUUGAUGAAUCAGCUACUUAAGCUAGAUGGAAUUACAGUCGAUGGUGAUGUAAAAUUACAGAGGAAAGCACAGGUGAAAAGGAUUCAGGAGUAUGUUGAAAUUCUAGAUGCUUUAAAGAUUAAAAACUCGACAAUGAGCAGCAAUGUAGGCACGGCGCCUCAAUCCAAGCGGACAGUGAUGGCAGAUAAACGUCAACCACCAUCAUCAGGUGCCAUGACAACAACAGAAUGGGAGAUUUUCGAAUCUAUGGCUGCACCACCACCAGCAACCACAAGCAAAACAAUGCAUCCCAUGUUCAAUUGGGAUUUGAUUUGAAAAAAGUUUUAAACAACUUCAUAUGUAUUUUAGUACAUGAUAAGUGUGUGUUGGAUAAUUUUCAGGUUUGUUUUGGUCUUUCUUUUCCAUUCUUUUCUCCUA